AUGGCACCAUUGGUGCUGUUGACUUGCUACAUUAUCUACAACUUCUUUCUCAAGCCAGACCCACUACCGGAUCUUCCUGUUUCGGGUGCACGUGAGGGAGAUUGGUUCCCGUACUGGCAGGCCAAGUGGCGUAAUACCGUGGACAGUAAGAAUCAGCUCAAGUCUGCGUAUAGACAGUUCAAGGACCAACCGUAUCGCUUCCCGAUGUUCGGCGGCAUGGGCGAAAUGGUGGUGCUGCCCAAGGAGUGGACAAACUUCAUCAUGUCCCAGCCCGACGACGUCCUCAACCUCUACGCGCAAGCCAAUGAAUUUUUCCAGCUCGACCACACGUUUUUGGAUAAGAAGCUACACUAUCCGCCGGUGCAUGUGGAUCUGAUCGCUAGGGAAUUGACGAAGCAGAUUGGAAACUUGGUGACCGAGAUGGAAGAAGAAACAAGGCUGGCCCUCAACGAAGAAUGGGGUAAGCCGGACCACUGGACCGAUAUCAGGGUCUAUGACACGGUUCAAACGAUGCUGGGAAUGGUGUCAGCCCGCGUCGCCUACGGGAAGAUACUUUGCCGUGAGCCCGGGAUUUUCCAGCUAUCUAUGGAGUUUGUGCAUCGAGCACUCCUGUCCGGAGUCUCAUUGCACUUCACAUAUGAGUUUCUCCGACCGAUCUUUGCUCCUUUGGUAACCAUACCCGUCAACAUUACAAUGCGCAAGUUCCGCAAGCUCGUGGCGCCAGAGAUCAAGCGACGACUAGCCGACUGGGACAGUUGCCUUGCCGACCCGGAAAAACAGCAGAAAACGUCUGGGUUCGAAGCACAACCCAACGAUUAUCUACAGUGGGCCAUAAAACAGGCCAAGGAGUUGGGCGAUCCUUAUUUCUGGAAGGAAAAUGUCCUGGCCGCCCGCCUCCUGAUCCUCAACUUUGUCUCGAUCCACACGUCCACUUUCAGCCUCGCCCACGUAGUCAUGGACCUGGCGUCGUGUGAUCCAAGCGUCAUUCAAGAGCUGCGCGACGAGAUAACAUCAGUGAUAGCCGAACACGGCGGGGAAUGGAGCAAAAAGGCCUUGAACAAGAUGGAGAAGCUCGACUCGACGCUGCGGGAAUCCUCGCGCCUCAACUCCUUUGUCACCUUUGGCGGCAACCGACUAAUCACCUCGCGGCAGGGAUUGACGCUGCCCAACGGCCAAACGAUACCCAAGGGAGUCGCCAUCAUGCUCCAGUCGUACUCGGUCCUGCACGACGAGGAAGUCUACCCAGACCCCGAGACCUUUCGGCCCUUCCGGUUCGCCGAGGCCAGGCGCGACGAGACGAUCGACUACGUCCAGCGCGCGCGCAACGCUUUUGCCACGACCAGCCCCGAAUACUUGGCCUUUGGCCACGGGCGACACGCCUGUCCCGGGAGGUUCUUUGCCGCGACGGAGCUCAAGCUCUUGCUGGCGCGCAUGCUGCUGGAAUAUGACUUUGAAGCCAAGGAGAGGCCGAAGAAUAAGUGGUAUGGGAUUGGCAGGGUUCCGGAUAUGGAGGCUACGGUGAGGAUCAGGCGAAGGAAGAGGGAGUGA